AUGGUCUCCUAUCCGAACCUUGAAGAUGGGGGGGAGCACAUCACUAAAGCGAUAUUUGACAAAGCAUCCCCUUUCCCGGUGGACCUGGAUGCCAUCUAUAAGUGGAUUGGAUACAGUCGUAAGGAUAGUGCUGUAAGGAAAUUGAGAGAGUCUUUUGUGGAGAACAAGGAUUAUUGCCAUGCUAAAAUUGGAAGCGGCCCAAACCCUGAUAAAUACUCUUUGUCCCGGUCCCGCUUUGAGAUGUUGGCCAUUCAGGCAAAAGGUGAAGUUGGUAGGCGCUACCAGCAAUACUUCCAAGCUCUAGAGACGGAGUAUACGAGGUUGUAUACAUGUGUGACAAGUAAACGGAAGGCAGAAUGUCAAGGGGGGUCAAGUAAGAGACAGAGAUUGGACGAAACCACGCCACUUGAAGAUCUGAGCAAAUAUAGGCAAGAAGGAGAGGAUGCAGUCCUCCAGUUGACUGAGCAGUUGAAGAGACGAGACGCAGAACUGUGUUUCAUAGACAAACUAACAGAUGCAAAGAGACAGGCGGCCAUCAAACAAGAUAUUGCAAAUGGGGUGCAAGAAGAGGCACAUGCAGCAGAGGCGGCACUGUGGUGUGCAAGGGAGGCACUAGAGGCAGCAGAGGAAACACUACGGGCAGCAGCGGAGAAGGCACAGUGUGCAAGGGAGGACUUACAGGCAGCAGAGGAGACACUACGGGUGGCAGUGGAGAAGGCACGAGUAGCACAUUGUGAAGCAGAGGGGAAACAGCGGGCUGUUUCUGAGAUAUGUAGACAGGGGCCCCAUGGUUUGGGAGGUCCAGCUGUAGUCCCAGGCCCCGGGGCCCCAGACCAAGGCCCCUCAGCAGACUCGGCUCUGAAGUCCCAGGAAUCUAGGAUCCCAGGAACCCCAGCCCCUGGACCAGCUCCCACCCCAGACCUCAAUCCGGUUCCAGCCCCAGCCUCCCCUCCAGGCCCAGCCCCCACCACUGCCCUCGCUGAUAUCCCAGCCCCUGCCCCCGCUUCAGGCCCUGCCCCAGCUGGUCCUUCCUCCGGCCCAGCUCAUGCCCCUGGCCCCUCUACAGUAACUACAUUCCCAGGCGCAUCCGCCCCCGACGCAGGAAAGCGCAAUCGGACUCAAGACUGUCCGUGCUCUCCCCAAACAAUUGAGCAGGGGGCGAUUGUAAUACCAGUUCGAGAAGCUGAGCACGCUGUCCAGGUGUCCCCUGAGCACCCCGCCCAGCCUGCCCCAGAUGACGAAUUGGCUGAGGCCGCAGCCCAACCCGUCCAGCGCCCCCCAGAGGACGAAUUGGCUGAGGCCGCAGCCCAACCCGUCCAGCGCCCCCCAGAGGACGAAUUGGCUGAGGCCGCAGCCCAACCCGUCCAGCGCCCCCCAGAGGACGAAUUGGCUGAGGCCGCAGCCCAACCCGUCCAGCGGGCCCCAGAGGAUGAAGUCGCCCAGGCGCCCUCCGCCCCCCCCGUCCAGCCGGCCCGGGAGGCAGGUCUGGGCCAGGCGCCCCUGGCCCAGCUCUACCAGGCCCGAGAGGACAAAGUCGCCCAGGUGCCCCCCGCCCAACCCGUCGAGCCGGCCCUAGAGACCCCCCCUGCACAACUCGGCCUAACCGGGCAGCCUGCCCUCUGUCCCGCUGCCGUCGCGGACCAAUGGAUGGCGUCUUGGGAGCAAGAGUUGACUGCUUUCCGGUUAAAACAUAGACGAGACCCUGGAGCCUGGUUGUCGUCAUUUGAUCUUCUACUCCCGUUCCUGCGCCUCUUGCAAGACAGAAUCCCCUCAUUCUACUCCCUGGGCAAUCUGGAACCUGAGCACGACAGUUUAGCAAACAAGCUUUGCAAGGGGAAGAGAAAGUGGGGGGGGGAACGCUACAUGGGGGGGUGGUUCCAUCUCAAGAAUCACUAUGCGUUUUUACUCAUUGACCUAGAUACCAAGAGGGCUGAGUACUUCGACAGCUAUGGUGUGGGGUUGGAUCCAGAUAUGCGUGCGUGGGUAGAGAGUGAGACUGGCUGUGAGGUGAUUUCGGCAAGGACCCGUCACCAGUUCGGGGAGAGAGAAUGCCUCGUCUACUGCUGUUACUUUGUCAAGGAGCGCCUCCUACGAGAGACCUUCGGUCUGCCAUAUGGAGCAUCUUUCGAGGACUUCGAAGCGGAUCGGUUCGUUGCUGCCGAAUCCUCGUUUCGGUCGUGCUUGCAAGAGAGGGAAAAAACGGGUGAAGGGGUUGAAGCAGAGGAUAUCUACAACCUCGCUAAUACCCUUUCUCAUAAGGCGUUCGCCCUUACAGCCGAGGCUCGUAGGCAAACUCUGGAGGAGGCACAGAGCUUAUUAGAACCGGUGAUGCCAGGCAACGACUUGAGGGAUUAUUGGGACUUGGCUGCUGAGCUUUGCCGUAGACUGGGCGUGGGGGAGGAGCGCGAUGCGUGCGAUGUUAUUUGUAACGGAUACCCGGGAGUGUUGUUUGCGAACAAGUACAACAAGAGCAGAAUCAGAUGUGCAUGCUAUGACUGUGGGGGCACACAGCCUUCUAUGUCUCUCAAGGAUUUUGCAAGGCAUGCGCAAUAUGAUGGGGGGGCUGUGCAGAGGCUUCUUCCCGGCGGUCUGGAUGGGGUGUCUCAGCCUCCGUAUCAGGCAGAUCGGGACAAGGCGGAUAAACUCUAUGGUAUGGAGGAAUACACAGCGGCUUUGGGGCACUACCAAAACAUUUUGACGAAGGUGGAGAGUGACAUUGAGAAGGUGUUGACACUAGGUGAUAUCGGGGUCUGUCUGUACUACCUGAAUCGGGACAAGGAGGCUGAGCCGAUCCAACGUCGAGCGCUGGCGAUUGCUGAAACUGCGCUCGGUAUGGAGCAUGAGGAAACCGGACUGGCAGCGGCAAACCUAGCGCGCACCGUGUGUGUGAUCACGAAGAAGGAGAAGGAGGAAGCCUUGAGGCUCAGCCGAUAUGAGGAAGCAUUGCACCUCUUUCAGAGAGCCCUCGAUGUCAAGGAAAUGACGUUGAUGACUCGGGAGGGUAAACUCGCUCUGGCCGAUGCGCUGGAGGAGGUCGGGGAAUGUCUGAACUUGCUCGGUAGCGGUGAGCAGGCGGAGCCUUACUUGAGACGGUGCCUCGUCAUCCGGACGGAGGAGAUCGGCGGAAGCAGCGCGCAUGCAGCGUCGCGCAUCUGUCCAGUGCUCCCGGUGAUCUCGGACACGGCCAGACUGGAGGCGUUGGAGUCGAACAUUUGGAAACGCCUGGCUGCGAGAAAGCAAGCCGUGAAUGUGUUCCAGACCACGGAGGCUACGUCAUCCCGUUCCCAUAUCGACUGCGUGACACGAGAAGCCGUGAAAGCACCCCCGACAACCAAGGCUACCAACUUUUCGUCAUCCAC